AUGGCUGGAGAUUCUAGGAUCUUCAUGAACCAGGACAUGGAAAUUGGAGUCACACCCAUGGAUCCCAAGAAGUUUCCCAGACAGCCGCGGGACUAUGUCCCUAUCGCCACUGACCGAACCCGUCUCCUGGCAGCAGAAAUCAAGAAGCCGCGCCAGCGUUACAUGGAGAAGAGUGGCAAAUGCAAUGUGCACCAUGGAAAUGUCCAUGAAACCUACCGGUACCUUAGCGACCUCUUCACUACUCUGGUGGACCUCAAGUGGCGCUUUAACCUCCUUGUCUUUACCAUGGUUUAUACUGUCACAUGGUUGUUUUUUGGGUUCAUUUGGUGGCUUAUUGCCUACAUCCGGGGAGAUCUGGACCAUCUCGAAGAUGAGAACUGGAUCCCCUGUGUUGAAAAUCUCAGUGGAUUUGUCUCCGCAUUUCUGUUUUCCAUUGAGACCGAGACCACAAUUGGGUACGGCUACAGGGUUAUCACUGAAAAGUGCCCCGAGGGCAUCAUACUGCUCCUGAUUCAGGCUAUUCUAGGCUCCAUUGUCAAUGCGUUCAUGGUAGGGUGCAUGUUUGUCAAAAUCAGCCAACCAAAGAAAAGGGCCGAGACCCUCAUGUUUUCCAACAAUGCAGUGAUUUCUAUCAGGGAUGAGAAGCUCUGUCUAAUGUUCCGGGUCGGGGACCUGCGGAAUUCCCACAUUGUUGAGGCUUCCAUUAGAGCCAAGUUGAUCAAGUCCAAACAGACCAAAGAAGGGGAGUUUAUCCCCUUGAACCAAACGGACAUCAACGUGGGCUUUGAUACGGGGGACGACAGGCUAUUCCUGGUUUCACCACUCAUCAUCUCACACGAAAUCAACGAGAAGAGCCCCUUCUGGGAGAUGUCCCGUGCCCAGCUGGAGAAGGAGGAGUUUGAAAUCGUGGUCAUCUUGGAAGGAAUGGUCGAAGCAACAGGGAUGACUUGCCAGGCCCGGAGCUCCUACAUGGACACGGAGGUGCUAUGGGGACACCGCUUCACUCCCGUCCUCACCCUUGAGAAAGACUUUUAUGAAGUCGACUACAACAGCUUCCACUGCACCUACGAAACCAACACCCCCACGUGCUGUGCCAAGGAGCUGGCCCAGUCUUUCCAAGAGGGCCGGCUCCUCCGCCACCUCUCCAGCGCCACCCUCCUGAGCGGGGGUGGGGAAGCAGAGACAGCAAAAGAGGAACAGGAGGUGGAAGAGGAAGGAAGGGAGGUGGCUGGGCUGAAUGGAGCCAAUGGAACAGCAGGAGAGGUGAAGGCAGAUAUGUCUGUAUAA